UGCUUGUGUACAUUACAUUGCCAAAAGAAAGAGAGACAGCUAACGCUUGCAAGCAAUUAAAUAUGAAUUAAAUACAACUAACAAUGUUUAAUUAGUAUUAACUUUUGUAAUUAAUAAGAAAAGCAACACGAAAGUUAUAAUAGCUUUUACAGAUGCAUUGCAUAGAAAAAAAGGGUAUAAAAGAAUAUUCAUCUUAAUUUUAUUCAGUCCAUUUGUAUGGCAGCUACAUGUUAAAGUGGUCCGAUCUCGACAAUGCAAGAUAUUUUGAGGUUGUGGCAUUAUUUUGCAAAAUAUAAUUGAUGAAGAUAUCUUGUCAAAUAAAACAGUUUCUCCUACAAGAACUUGAUUUUGAUCGGUCAGUUUGUAUGACAACUAUAUGAUGUAGUUAGCCGAUAUCAGCUAUUCCGAUAAACGAGCUGUGUUUUAUGGAGAAGAAAACGUGCGCAAAAUUUAAGAUUUAACGGAUGAUCCAUUUAGAGAAUUGCUUGGCCUUACACUAUGGAAAGACUAACGCCUAAACAACGUUUAGAAAUCGUUCAACUUUAUUAAGAAAAUUCACGUUCUGUAAAGAAUGUGUUACAACAUAAAUGGCCUACAGAGCGUACUAUUCACAACACCAUCACCCAUCUUGAGACCUAGCCUUAAGUACUGGAUAAUAUUCGAUCGAAUAGACCACGUCUAGCACGCAGUGCAGAAAAUAUAGCAGUCGUAGCUGAGAGUGUACACGAAGACCGUGGAGAGUCGAUUCGACACCAUCCGCAGCAACACGGACUGACUUCCAUACGACUUGGCGCAUUUUACGUCAAGAUCUUAAAUUGAAAGCGUACAAAAUACAACUUGUACAAGAAUUGAAAUCGAUCGACCUUCGCAAAUGACAUCGCUUCGCUCUAUAGGCUCUUGAAAAGUUCCAAGAAGAUCCGACAAAUGUUAAUCAGCGAUGAGAGCUGCCAUUUCAUACAGAAAAAUCAACGGUUUGGUGUGGUUUGUGGCCCACUGUAACCAUCGGUCUAUAUUUCUUCAAAACUGAUGCCGGUGAGAAUGUAACCGUCAAUGGCGACUGUUAUCGCGUCAAAAUAACCGACUAUUUGAUGCCUGAAAUUGGAGCUCGUGAUCUCGGCGACAUUUCGUUUCAACAAGAUGGCGCCACUUCCUACUUGUCGCAUCAAUCAAUGGAUUUAUUGAGUGCACACUUCGGUGAGCAGAUAAUUUCACGUUUUUAGCUAGUCGAUUGUUGAGUUUUUCCUGAGGGGAUAAGUAAAGUCUAAAGUCUAUGCGGACAAUACCGCUUCGAAUCAGGGCAGAAUGAGUCAUCGAAAAUCUAACACAACGGAUAGACCAUCUGAGACGCGGCUGCGUCAACAUUUGAAAGAAAAAAUUUAAAAAAAUUAAAAAAUGCCAAAAAAUUUUCUUUCCAAUGAUAAUAAAUAUUCCCUAUUAAAUUUUAAGUUUCUGUGUUAUUUUUAUUAAAAAAGUAGGGUACCACGAAAUGGAUCACCCUUUAUAUCUCAAAAGCAGAGGAACUAGUUCACGUAUACACGGCGAAUACGCCGAAAUCGAUUUAGUCGCCAUAUUCCAUCAAAUCGUCAUGCUGAUCAUUUACAUACUACAAGACUCCAAAUUGCGUGAAGAUCUGAGUUCGCUACAACAAUCCUACAUUUAUAUAAAACCAUCAUGGGGAUACAACAACUCUUGGCGACAAAUAGGCAGCAAAGCAAACCACUUGAUUUACUCGGCAUACUUUGAUGAUCGAUUGGAUGUGCUCGAAACAAUAAAUGACCACAACACGAAGGUACCAAUAGGCUCUUUGCGUAUUAUCGCCAUUUUACCACGAGAAUUUAAGGAGACCAUAACCUGCACCAUCAGAUUCGAGGAUUUCGUUGAUAAAAGCAUCCCAAUUGGGAAAGUGCAACCGUUGAUGGAACAUCAUGACCACAAAUACGCGGCUUACUCCUUCAUGUGCCCACUCUAUGUAAAUCGUAACAGCACUACCAUUCAUCUGCCACAAUCGGUUGCGAUUUCUUAUCCCUCCAACAGGCUAAGCCAACUGAGUCCAACAUUUGUGCCGAUCAGCUAUCCACGCGAUUUGGAACAAUUGUUCGCCAUGUCACGUCCCGUGGUCUCAGUGUGCGUCGGGCCGCUGCAACAAAACUACUCGAAUGUGCUGCGCGUCGCUGAAUUCGUCGAAAUGUAUCGAAUACUCGGUGCUCGACACUUCUACUUCUAUCAUCUCUCCGCUAGCGAGGAAGUGAUGCGUCUAUUACGACAUUAUCAAAGCGAAGGCAUCGUCGAUGUACUGCAGUGGAAUGUGCCAGCCGAGCUGUUGUCUCAAGUGCAUUACGGGGGAAUCAUGGCGCAAAUCAACGACUGUGUCUAUCGCGCCAUGGUUGUGGACAACUAUCGUUAUGCGGCCACUGUUGAUCUGGACGAGGUACUCAUACCGUUGAAACACAAUUCGCUGGCGAUUUUUCUGCGGCAAUGCGAUGAGGGUCGUACCUCGGCGUACGUCUUUCGUAAUGUGUUCUUCUAUAAUCUCGACAUUAACGACAGCUUCAGCCUGCCGGCUCACACGCAUAACCGUUUCCUUUACUCGCAAAUGAAAGUGCGUCGCACUUUGGAGGUUAUGCCCACACAUCAGCGCAGCAAAUGCAUUGUGAAUACACAGUCCAUUAUCGAAAUGGGUAAUCAUUUUGUGUGGCGCAAUGUGCCCGGUUAUACGGAGACGACUAUGCCUCUAAGUGUAGGUCUACUUUUCCACUAUCGCGAUCAGUGCAUCAAUUGCAAGGCUCCACUGAUGGUCGACUAUACGGCACGUCGGUUCGGUUCGUUGAUUUGGGAUCGCGUGGACGAGACUUGUGGCCAAGUGUUUACCGAAAGUGGCAUAUGUCCGACGUAGGCAGUUAAAAAUUUGUCAAUUGCCAACACAAACAAAUGGAAGACUUUACAAAAUGUUCAUAGAUCUAAGUUAGUAGAUCAAUUAAGUUCGUAUAUUUUAGUCAGUUUUAUAUACAAAUAUUAGAAGUUAAGGAAAACAGUGAAUAAGGAACUAUUUAUGUGUAAAGUAAUAGGAAAAUAUAUAAAUACACAAAAGAUAUUCGACUUAA